AUGCUCUUACAUGCCAACACGUAUGUGGUGACCAAGUCCGAAUACCUCAGCCUGACAACGCAUAAGGCGUUCUUUGUUCUUCUCCCGGUUGGAGUGGAAGCCGCCGCCGCUGCUGCUGCUGCUGCUGCUGCUGCUGCUGCUGCUCAGCGCGCCGCGGUGGCCUUGCUGGACGACGAUGAAUUCGACAAUGACAACGAUGACGACGACGGAGAGCUGCGCGACGGCGAACUGCGAGGUGGUGACCCAGAGGUUGAGGAGGCGAGGGAGCAGGAUCGUACGAUCUGGAGGUCGUAG